UCUGGAAUCUCAACAUUUGCAACAGUGGUGCUGCUGAGUUGUUCGUACUGGCUAGUGCGUGCCUUCGAUUAAUAUAAAGCUGCUUCUGUUUAUUCAACAUUUUUGCCGAGAAAGUGUUUGGCUUCGUUUCUGCUCCUGUCACUCAUCAGAUUGUGCUGAGUCAUCGUUAUGCAGUGCUCAACCUGCAAUGCACCCACCGAUAGUGCUAAUUCGGUGUCCUGUGCCGGUGUUUGUGGUUCCAAGCAUCACACCCAUUGCACGGGGUUGUCCCGUGAUUCUACUCGUGAGCUUGGGCGUAAUAACCAAUUGUUGUGGUUGUGCAAAACAUGUUACGAGUUUCGCAUUGGCACAAAUUCACUUCUCACAAAUCGGCUAUCAAGAGCGAUUUGCUUCCUGAGAUCCUCGCUCUCGUUGAUAAGCGAGCGCUAACACCCAUAUUAGCUAAGCCGUCUGUUAGCAACGCAUCGCGAUCGCACACAUCCACUAAUGUAUCGUCGCUCAAUGCCACAAAUACAUCCAGAACGACUAAAACAGCUUCCGCUCGCCGUACAUUUACUAACUCAACGGAGCUCACUGAUGAUAUCCAAGCUGCGAACGAUACCAACACUGUGGAUGAUUCUGACAACUGUAACCACUACAAUCAUCGUACUAAGCCGACUAGUGAUGUUAGUGCUGGAAACUAUCGAACAAAUACACAAGCAUCUUCUGAUCCUGUUUUGAACCAAAACACCACCAACACGGGCAUAGCCGAGAAAGUAUGGUUAUACUUCACGAACAUCAAAUCGCAUGUCUCGGCUGAUGAUAUGCGUGUGUGGCUUAAAGCUGUGCUACCAACAGACGAUAUUAAUGUUUACCGUCUCACGAAAAAGGGUGUGAACCUGGACUCGAUGUCCUUCAUAUCGUUCAAAGUGAGUGUUCCUAAAUCUCUUAAGGAGCUUGCGCUGCACUCUACUAUUUGGCCAGUUUCACUUACUCGCGUGAUUCUAUCACCAUCCCAGAUGACCGAGAUCCUAGAGGCUAUUCAACUGGAGUUUCCUCCCACACCGCCUCAGUUAUCACCGGGGGUGGGGCUUCAAUCUCAAUCGAAUCUCAGCAACACGAACCGCUCACCACAGAUCAGCCCGUUUGCCAAACGGAUAGCUCAAAAGUAA